GUCCUGCGCCGUUAUUAACAUAAUAGAAACGACCAAAAACGCCCCUGCCGCUCGUGGCAGCUGCCCGCUGCUCUCCUCCCCGCCCCACGGCUGGGUUUGCGCCCCUGCCGUGCACCCCGUGGCACCGCGCUUCUCCCUGCGCGCUAAACCUGCCGUGGCAGACGGGCUGAUCCCAGCUCAGCAGACCCUGAACAGCCUCCAAACCCUCGCUGAGGGCCUCCGGGAUUCUCUGGGCGUGCACAGCCACGCUGUUUUGCUGCCUGUCCCCGGGGGAGUUAGGCUGCAGACUGACAGAGAGCAGCUGGAAAGUGCUCCUGCGGUCACUGCUCGCCUCCGGAGGUACUACGGAGAGCAGAGGCUCCGCCUGCAAAACGCAGCUUUAGCACACGGACGCGUUUGAGCUCUUUGAAGGCUGUUUUCUGUACGGCAGUGAGGGAGCUGCUGCUCGGGGCCUGCUGCUCGGAGGCUGAAGCCCUACGGGGGCAACAGCUGCCCCAUGGCCCCCAAACGCCGAGCACCCCCCGCAUCCCAGCCCGCUGACGGGGGCAAGAAAGCCAAGGGGGGGCAGGAGGAGGAGGAGGAUGCCUGGAGCUCCGCGCUCACCGCCCUGAAGACAGCCCCCAGGGAGAAGCCCCCCGCCACCAUUGAUGGGCAAUGUCCCCUGAGUGCGGGGCCUGAUGCGAAGGUCUAUGAGGACUAUGACUGCACCCUGAACCAGACCAACAUCAGUGCCAACAACAACAAGUUCUACAUCAUCCAGCUCAUCGAGCACGGUGGCACCUACAGCACCUGGAACCGCUGGGGACGUGUGGGAGAAGUGGGUCAGUCCAAGCUCCUGCCCUUCACCUCUUUGGAAGCCGCCAAGAAGGAUUUUGAGAAGAAGUUUUGGGAAAAGACCAAGAACCGCUGGGCAGCACGGGAUAACUUCGUGGCUCAGCCAGGAAAGUACACCCUGAUCGAAGUGCAGCCCGGAGCCGGGCAGGAGGUGGCCCUCAGGGUGGAUGGCGCGGGUGAUGAGAAGGUCUCCAAGCGCCGCGUGCUGCCCUGUGCCUUGGAUGAGACCACGCAGAAGCUGGUGGCCCUCAUCUUCAGCAGCGACAUGUUCCGCCACGCCAUGCAGGCCAUGAACAUCGAUGUGAAGAAGAUGCCGCUGGGGAAGCUGAGCAAGCAGCAGAUUGCUCGGGGCUUUGAGGCACUGGAGGAGCUGGAGGCAGCACUGGGGGAGCAACCCCGCAGCAUGUCCCGCCUGGAGGAGCUCUCCUCACGCUUCUACACCAUCGUGCCCCACAACUUUGGGCGUGCACGGCCGCCCCCCAUUGAUUCCCCUGAGCUGCUGCGUGCCAAGAAGGACAUGCUGCUGGUGCUGGCUGACAUCGAGGUGGCACAGAGUCUGCAGGCGCAGAAGGUGGAGGAAGAAGAGGUGGUCGCCCACCCCCUGGACCGGGACUACGCCCUGCUGUGCUGCCAGCUCACCCUGCUGGAGGACACCUCUCAGGAGUAUGAGAUGAUCCUGAACUAUGUGGCACAGACAGGGGGCCAGGUCUACGUCCUCAACGUCUGGAGGGUGGCCCGAGAGGGUGAGGACAAGCUCUUCCAGGCCCACGAUCACCUGGAGCACCGGCGCCUGCUGUGGCACGGCACCAACGUGGCAGUGGUCGCGGCCAUCCUGAAGAAUGGGCUGCGCAUCAUGCCCCACUCGGGUGGGCGCGUGGGCAAGGGCAUCUACUUUGCCUCUGAGAACAGCAAGUCUGCAUGCUACGUGGGCUGCACAUCCAAGCGGGUUGGCCUGAUGUUCCUGACGGAGGUGGCUCUGGGCAAGCCGUACUGCAUCACCCGUGAUGAGCCCACGCUGCAGCAGCCGCCCAAUGGCUAUGACAGCGUCCAGGCCUGUGGCCGCACGGAGCCAGACCCUGCACGGGAUGUGGAGGUGACGCUGGAUGGGAAGAAGGUGCUGGUGUGCCAAGGCAAGCCCAUCCCCAUGCCCGCCUACAAGGACUCGUCCUUCUUCCAAAGCGAGUACCUCAUCUACCAGGAGAGCCAGUGCAGGAUCCGCUAUCUUGUCCAGCUCCACUUCUGAGAGCACCGGGCUCCUUGGGUGUGAGAUGGGGCAUCCAGCCUGCUCCCACGGCCAAUAAACCCACUGUGCUUCGCA